AUGUCGAAAGACAUGUCCGCACAGGAGAAGGAACUGCAAAGACUGCGCAAAGAAGUGGUCGGCCUAUCGAUCAUGAAAAGCAAUUACGAGAAGAUGGUUCAACUGCACCAACAGUCGCAGCCGGGACUCCAGACCAAUCAGAUCACCGAUGACGUCAAGUUUGGCAUCUUUGAGGCCAUCUUUGACAACCUGUUCCAGUCGUUCGACAAGUCGGUCGAAGUGACAAACUUUACCCAAUUGUCUGGAAGUACUUUCAAUUGGUUGGAAGAACACUGCAAACCACAGACACUUCAGCAGAUGGUCGUCCAGAUUCUCCAGAAACAAAAACUCCUCACCAACUGA